UCUAUAAUCUGUAUCACUAACCAUGUCUUGUUGUCACUCGUGUAUAAUGUAUUUGGUCCAUUUUUACAAUAUUGUAGUUUACCGGGUUGUAUUCGUAUUGUGAGUUUGUGACUUGUGGUUGUGGGUACGUUUUACUUUCACUACAUAUAUUCUAUAUAUUUAUUAGUUCACGUCUUCUUGAGCUACCCAUUUAUAACAAUUUAAAAUAAAUCUGUACGAGUUGUCUUCAUUAUUAUUUUUACUAUUUAACUUAAUUUUUCAACAAUGGCCGAAAUCGUAGAUGACAUAAUAAAAACCUUAAACGGGACAAAUGGUACGGACACAGAGUCUGUUCUCAAAAAAGUACCGGCCACCACUGAAGGUAUGCUGAUUGCAUACACCAGUUUAGUGGUCAUGGCUUUAGUGCCUAUAUUUUUUGGCUCCUUCCGAUCAGUAGAACUACACAUUAAAAAUAAAAUGAAAAAAGAAAUACCAGAGUCCAUGACAGAAAAAGAUGCCAUGAUGUUUCCAGUGAUUGCUAGUGGAGCUCUCUUUACGCUCUACAUCAUUUUUAGGGUUUUUUCUAAGGAACACAUAAAUCUAUUAGUGACUUUAUAUUUUUAUGUUCUUGGAGUGGCAGCCUUAAGUAAUGUUCUAGGUUCUAAAUUUAGCGCCAUGUUACCAAAAAGUAUUCCUAAGACAAAAUACCAAUUGCAGUUUACAGAAGGCACUGGUGAAAAAAAACAUGAUUGGAUAAAUGUAAAAUGUACAUUACAUGAUGUAUUAUGUUUUAUAUCAUGUGCAAUCGUAGGAACAUUUUAUAUAUAUAGCAAGCAUUGGAUUACAAACAAUAUAUUUGGAUUGGCCUUUGCUAUAAAUGGAAUAGAAUUGUUGCACCUCAACACUAUUAAAAUUGGAUGUAUCCUCUUAUGUGGUCUAUUUGUCUAUGAUAUAUUUUGGGUGUUUGGUACCAACGUUAUGGUUACUGUGGCCAAAUCAUUUGAUGCUCCUAUCAAACUUGUAUUCCCUCAGGAUUUAUUAGAAAAUGGUAUUUUAGCUGCUAAGAACUUUGCUAUGUUGGGCUUAGGUGAUAUUGUUAUUCCCGGAAUAUUUAUUGCAUUCAUGUUAAGAUUUGAUCAUAGCUUAAAACGUAAGACAAAUACAUAUUUCAAUGCAACAUUUUUAGCCUAUUUUUUGGGCCUACUUACCACUGUAUUUGUCAUGCAUGUAUUUAAAGCAGCUCAGCCAGCUUUAUUAUACUUGGUACCUGCAUGUUUAAUUACUCCCAUGUUGGUAGCUUUAGUAUGUGGAGAUUUAAAAACUUUAUUCAGCUAUGAAGAUCAUAAAAUGGAACCAGAAAAGACUUCCAAAAAAUUGAAAUAAUUGAAGUACCUAUCAAUUUUACUAUUUUUUGCCUUAUAUUAAAUCAAAUUAUUUUCCCGACGGUAUUAUUGUUUUUUUAUGACAUUUAUUGAAUUAUCAUAAUGUAUUAAUGUAUACAUUUGAGGACCCGUUAUCCAUUAAAUUUGCUGUUGAGAGAUUAAUAACUUCAAUACAUGACACAUUCAAAAUAAAUUGUAUUAAAUCAUUGUUCAUUAAAAAUUGUAAUUCCCUGACAACAGUACAUUAAAUAUAUUAUAAAGUAAUUGUCAGGGCGAUGAAAAAUAAACUAAAAUGUACUUAUUAAGUUUAUUAUUUAAAAUAAAAUAAUUUGCCAAUGUAAUAUAUUAUUGAUACACUACAAUUAUUGUUUAUGUUAUAUUCUAUCAUUAUUCAUUGUAUUUAACUUUUCCUAAUUAUAGUUUUAUAAAUGUCUUUGUGUGUGAUAUACUUUCUAAUUCUGAUCAUCAACAUAAUCUUUUAAUGUGCAAUUGGAAUUCAGAUACUUUGCAUAGAUAUUUACAAACUAUACUUUAUUAGAUCAAUUCUGAUAAACUCAUGUUUUUUUUCUUUUGUAAGUACAUUUAAAAAAAAUUUGUGUGUGUCUUUCAGUUAUAAAUUAAUUUGAUCUCGAUUUCGUUUUUAAAAAUGUGUUUAUAUUUUCUUGGUAUGUUAUUACUGACUACAAUUUAUGAUAUUUUCUUCUAUUAAUGAAAUCAUUUUUUGUAAAGUCAAAUACAUCUACCAGUGUAUGGAUUUGUACAAUAGAUAAUAUAUUAUAUACAUUCUACCAAUA